CUAGAAUCCCCACCAUGAAAUUUGUAGCCGUUCUCCUCAGCUUUCUCUUGUUAUUGACAGAAAUCGAGCCCCAAUUUUUAUUGGAUUCCGUUUCACCUGUAGUAAACCAAAAAUGGGAGACAUUUGCUGUCGCUGUCGCAGAACAAUUGAUAGCAACUGAAGACUUUUAUGAUACAAGGGAUCUAUUACAUAACAUUUUAGCAACACUAAAGUCAUCCCACUUCCCGACUGCAGUGGCCAAAAAUAUCAGCCAGCGAUGUAUUGAAGACAGCCAAUUCUACGUUCAUAACCUUUAUGUUAAUCGAAGUUUAUGGGCCUUGCAGAUGCAAGAAUCAUCAGGGCAAUUGCCACCGGGGUUAUUUGGAGCCCUCAAUUUUCAAGCCGAUGGACUAUUUGAUGAAUGCAAGGCCGUUCGCGCACCCAUUUUCAAUGGACAAUAUUGCAAAGUAUUUUUCAAAAAUGCUCCGGUCGAUCAGACGGACAUCACUUCGAGAAUAUCGUCUGACGAGGGGUAUCACGAACGAAGUAACUUCAUAACAAUAUUUCAAAUCCUGGGUCAACUACUGGGAUACGAUCGGGUAGAGCCCAAAAUGUCUGGAGUUGGACCUUACACGUUUAUUUUGCCCAGCGUCAGUUUUUGCCUACCAUCGUCAUGCAGCGCGUCUGAUCUAGGCAAAGCGGUUGCCCAACUUGUUGGGAGCUACGUCAUCGCAAACAAUUCUAUCGUCACGCUCUCUGACGAGCAAUAUUGUUUCAAAGACACGAACGAAAAACGCAUUUUAGAUGGCCCCGACAUCACCGUUAUAAUGGUUCUCAGCUUUCUUGGUGUUCUGGUUGUCUUGGCCACGAUUCACGAGGCGUACCGCAUGUACUACGACAUUAACUUUGACCCAAAUGCGGAUGGCAAGCUUUUGAGCGCCCUACACUGUUUCUCUGCGCUGAGCAAUGGCAAGAAAAUCCUAUCGAUGAAAGUGUCAGCAUCUUCUGCAAAAGAUAACUUUGGCUGCAUUCACGGCAUUCGCUUCUUUUCGACAUGCUGGGUCGUCUUAGGACAUUCGUGGAGCUUGAUGCCAUACAAAACGAUGAAUCCCAAAGCAGUUUUAACAGAUGCCUACGGUUUAGGGAUGCAAACAAUUGUUAAUGGAUCUGUUUCAGUGGAUACGUUCUUUUUAAUGAGCGGCCUUCUCGUAUCGUUCCUCUUGCUGCGCGAGCUGGAUCGCAACAAAGGCAAAUUCAACGUUGGUCUCUUCUACUUGCAUCGGUAUCUGAGGUUAACGCCAGUGUACGCAGUCAUCCUCGGUUUCGUGGCGACGCUUAUGGUCUAUCUUGGCACCGGACCUAAUUGGUACAAUGUCAAUCUUUUAUCCAACGCCUGUCGGAUCUCCUGGUGGCGACAAUUCCUCUACAUAAACAAUUUGUUUCCCGUGGAUCCUUAUCAUCAGUGUAUUGGGCAAGCGUGGUAUCUAGCAGUUGACAUGCAACUGUUCAUCUUAUCACCUCUGUUUAUCUAUCCGCUUUGGCGAUGGAGAAAGGCUGGACUUGCUUUCCUGAUCUUUGUUGCCACGAUCAGCUAUGCAACGAUAUUUGCCGCUUACGCCAUUUAUGAUCUGCCUCCAGCAUACAUACCCACCCGGCUAGAUAACUUAGGCACAGCGUCCGAUUUUUAUGACCAUUACUAUUUGAAGCCGUGGACAAGAGCCCCACCUUACCUUUUGGGCAUCUGGGCAGGGUGGUAUCUUCAUAAUACCAAAGAAUCAACCUUUCGGCUGUCAAAAACGUUGACGGCAAUGGGAUGGGCGAUCACUACGGCUGUUGGGCUAGCAGUUGUUUACGGUCUGGCACCUUAUGUUGACCAAUCUGAAGUGCCGGAUAUUAGUUCUACGGUCAGUAUGAUAUAUGGGCCUCUGCAUAGAACUGCCUGGGCUUGCGUAAUAGCUUGGAUCAUCUUUGCAUGUUCGCGCGGCUAUGGAGGUUUCAUCAACCGGAUUCUGUCUUGGAAAGGCUUCCUACCGCUGGGCAGAUUGACUUACUGUGUCUACCUGAUUCACUAUGAUUUUCUGAACGUCUAUUACUCCGCCAUACGAAAGCAAUUCUAUUAUACUAUGUUGCAACAGUUUACGACGUCUUUCGGUCUCAUCUUCAUUUCUUUUGCACUGGCUUUCGUGGCAGCAGUAACGGUCGAAGCAUCUUUUCUGAAUCUGGAAAAACUCAUAUUUUCAUCGAAGUUAAAAAGCAAAUCGUCCGAGGAAACUGAUCUUCCUAUUGAAAAAACAAAAUGUUGAGCAUUCUCCCACUAUUACAACCGGAGCAGAGAUGAGGGUCCAGGUCGGAACGAUCAACUAGUUUUUUUAAGUAUCUAAUUUGUUCAAGUUGUUCCUAUUCGAAAAGA